AACCUUUCAGCGAAUACCGAUGUUCAAUGGGGGUUUAAUUAAUGAAACCUAAAACAUCCGUCUGUUUCCCAUGGAAACCUCUCUUUUACCUCAGUGGUUGCUACAGUGAAGUAACUUGAACAUGCAAUGUGAACUGUGGAAUCCAAUGUAGUGAAUACAUUAAAAAAUAUAUAUAUUGCGUUUAACCUUGUAUUUACGGACAUUGCAAUGUGCACGAAAAUUAUUCCUGAUCGUUUCAACCCGACCCUUUCAGUUGAUGAGUACCUUGCUAAAACCAGUGUGCUUUUCUACUUAAACGAUGCUGUGACCCAGCUCAUUGAGCACAAGGAUGAGUACACACAGUUUGGCGUGGUCCGUUACUUCGCAGAGUAUUUCAGCAGUGUGAAGAACGGCAACCAUGUCCUCUUCCGAGAAUUUAGCUACAUCAAGGCCACUCCUCAUAACAGGGCGUCCUUCAUCCGAGUCCUCUGGAGGUGCUUCAGACAGAUCGGGAAGAAUGGAGACCUCCUGGCCAUGUUGGAGUACAGCUCCCUUCUGCAGCUCCUCUGUCCAGACUUUCCAGUGGAGAUGGUACAACGUGCAGCCAGGAUAGUGUUAAUGGAUGAUGCCAUGGACUGCCUCAUGUCCUUCUCGGAUUUCCUCUACUCUUUCCAAAUCCAGUUCUACUUUGAAGAGUUCCUAGAGAGCAUUGCUAUAAUCUACCAGGACCUCCUGUCGGGGAAAAGCCCAAACACUGUGAUCGUCCCCACUUCUUCGUCAGUGGAACAGCUCCCCCAAGUGGCCACAGAGGAAUUUGAGACUCAGGAAGGGGUGGACUCGUCUGUGUUCGGAGAGUGCAUUGAAGGACUUUGUGAGAGGUUCAAACAAAACCACCCUUCUAAAUCUGCUAUUAGAGAAGUCCUGGAGCAAACACAGAGAGUAACCUUCUAUGGCUUUGUGAUGGCUCUGGUCAGACAUGAGGGUGUUAACCAGGACAUUGGUGCCCUGCCAAACAAAUCAGAGCUGCUUGUUGACCCAGAGAUGGACCAGGAGGUGGAGAAGCUCAUUGCCCAGAUCGCUAUCAGUCCUACGUCCAACAGCAGCAGCAGUGUCCCGGGUCACAAGGAGCCUCUGAAGAAGGCCUCCCCGCGCAAAUCCCUCCACCACCGCCGGAGGAUUGAGAUGGAGAGUGACGGGUCCACGGAGGAGACGGACUCCUCAGAGAACUGAACAUGACCGUACAAUGGCCUUCUGCAAAAUGGGGAAUACCUGCAAAUAUAAAUGCAUGAAUCCCUCUUACCCAUUGUGAAACAUCUUCAUGGAAUGAUUAGCUAAGGGAAUUACCAUUCUGCCACAUUUUAUGUGCUAAAUUUAAGUUGGAGUUUCACUUUGCCAACAUCUCUGCCAAGCCAACUGGGACGUGCAGCCUGUUCUCCUCACUGCUAGAUGGAGCAGCGUUGUGACAUGGCAUUUUGCUGUGUGAUCAGACCAUGUUAGCGUUUCACUAAGGAGACUGCUGGGUCAUGCGGGGCAGUAUUGUCUGCUGAAAUAUGUAAUGAAAUGACGUAACACAGGAAUGCAUUUCAGAAAUAUAUAAUGUCACGACACAUUAGCUGAAAAGUUGUUAAUAACACACAAAUGUUGCCUAGGUGACAGGUUACACUGUUUUAGUCCGUUUUUCCCAUAUAGUUAACAUACAGUCUUUGGGAAGCCAUAUCGAUAGUAUAAAAAUUGUCGGUGUGGCCUCGCAGGACUAGACUUAACCAUGAAGACGUUUCAGUUACAAUGCUGACACUGUUAAGGCGCAUUUGUUAAUGUUUUCUGGAUUUAAUAUAUUAUAGAGCACAAUGAAGGGAAGCCCGAAUUACAGGUGAAAUCAUUCCUGAAAUGGGACAGAAAUGAAUUCCUAAAUCAACCAAUGUAAAGAAGUGGCAAAUAAAAACAAUUGUAAAUGAA